UGCAUCCCUAUUGGUUGAGCUGUUACGACAGGCCUGGGCGCAAUUAGCAGCGAGCGGCGGCGGUGGAGUCAUUGCUGAGUGUGGGCUCAGGCGGAGUAGACAUGCUGUGGGCAGGGAGUAGUACAACGUGCCCGAGCUGAGGAGCUUUCCCUCCCAGUUCUAUAACUACGUAUGAAGCUCAGUGCCCUGAAGCGCUGCGUUAUGGGGAGCGUGCGGUGGGCGUUUCAGUGCGGCUCUUGGUGUCCCAGUCAGGCUGAAUGGCUGCUGUGUGCGCGGUGCGUGCAGCCCGAGGAGAAGCAGCGCAUUGGCCACUUCAUGUUCACUCGGGAUGCUAAAGCUGCCAUGGCUGGUCGGCUUUUGAUGAGAAAGGUAAUUGCAGACAAGCUUCAGAUACCCUGGGACAGAAUACUGUUGGAAAGAACAGGAAAAGGAAAGCCAUUUCUCACUGGUGGAAGUUCUAGCGAGUAUCCAUGUUUUAACUUUAACGUGUCCCACCAAGGAGACUAUGCUGUACUUGCUGCUGAGCCGGACCGGCAGGUUGGAGUGGACAUAAUGAAAACUGAUUUGCCAGGCAGCAGCUCGAUUGAAGAAUUCUUCCGACUCAUGAAUCGGCAAUUCACGGAGAAAGAGUGGAACUCAAUUAGGAGUAUGAACAACGAUUGGGCCCGACUGGACAUGUUCUACAGGCACUGGGAAAUUCUGCUAGAUAACCAGCACCAUGUUGCUGUUGCUUUGGGAGAAUUGGAUCAUCUACAGCAUCAGAGUCCCAAGAUUGGUGAUGUGGCAGAGAACACCUUUACACUGCUCAAUUUUGAAGACUUGAUGGUAUCUGCUAUCCCAAUGUCAGACGAAGAUCCAGAUUACUGGAUUAACUUUCAAUCAAAACAAGAACUUCCAUUUCGCCAAAGAAGAAGUCGCUGACAGAUUUCACCUUCAUGAAAUGGCUUAUUCCAGCAUGAGGCACCAAUUUGAAAUGCACCACUAAAACAAAACAUGGUUCAGGAAGCACAUUAAUAAACCAUAAUGCAACUGUAGAAUCUGGUAGCAACUGCAUUCUAGUGUUUGAUGAAAUUAUAUUUAAUGCUUGAAUCCAGAAUGGUUUUAACUUUGGACAGUCCCGUGAAAUAUGUAAUUAAGUUUCCAAACAGGGUACACAACACUUUAUCACUUUAGUGGCAGAACAAAGAGGAUUUAGUGGGCAUCUUCAUUUUGUCUUUAAUGAUGUGUGGAUUAACCUGAUACAAAAAAAAAAAUACCAAACACCAUGGAUUAUAAAUUUAAGCAAGUGGUUUGCAAUAGUCUACAUGGGGAUUUUUACCAAGGAACAAUACUGGCUCAAAGACAUACACCACUCGCUUACUGGAGAGCCUAGCAGUCGUUUCAGUAAGUAACUACUACCCAGUCCCAGAGCAUCAGUGUAUUUGGUGUUAGGAAUGGAUCUCUCGCUCAGCUAUUUCAUAUCAGGAAACAGUCCACUAUUAAGGACACAUGAUUCGAUAAAGAUACUUCAUUCACCAAAAGAACCAAUUAUACAACAUCAUACAAUAUUCAGCAAUGCCAAAUCACAAAAUAUAGAGGCACAUUUAUCAAAGGCCUAACUCGAAUACAUGUUGAGUUUUUAAAACUUCCAUAAAUUCAAAAUUCGACCAAUCGAAAUUUAUUAUGAAAAAACACAUUUUUUAAAUUAAAACUCUGAUGAAUUUGUGUUUAGGUUCUCCAUGUCACUUUUCAGCAUUAAGCUCCUAAAGGGUAUUGGUGAAGACAGGAUUAGGCAGGGGUUCACUAAUGGGGCAAUGUAAUAUGUUUAGCACAAAAAACUUUCACUUUAACCAUUGGGAACAUUAGUGGCCAAGAUUUUCAUUGUGUCCUUUUUGACUGAUUUCAGACUUUAACGACUUCCUCACAAAGUUUCCUAACCAAUGGCUUUGGUGAACGUGUGCAGUGUAUGUAAUAAAAUGUCUCAAAUGCCAAAAUGUUUUUUGAGACAAAUGAUUUCACGAAACUCCAAGUGUCAAUGCUAACCUUUGUUUAGCGAUAAUGAGCAAUGUAAUAUUUGCCAGAGAAUUAUUUUACAUUGCGAGCAGCGUUAAACAUUUGCACUAAAGCCAUUUUAAGCAACACUUGUGAUUUUAAUUACCUCCCUCCCUUUAGAGUGUUAUCCUCCAAGCCACCCACAAUGUUUCUACUAUACAGAUUGUGACAAUAUCAUGACCUGGAUUCAUAAAAAUCCUACUAGACAUACAGUUUCUAAAUUUAAUUAUGACUUUUAUGCAUUUUACUUUGCUUUUAACUUAUAUUCUAUCAAGUAGACAAGCUCAAAAGGAGAUAGAUAUAUUCUUUAACCCAAAUUAGUUAAAUAUGUUUUUAUAUAGUCUAGGGCGGCCAUGACGUUACCAGGGAAAUAAUGUGCAGCAUCAUGAGAAUUACAUUCCAACAUUGAUUUCAAAGCAUUAACCUCUUUGCUUAAUAGUAUUGCCACUACUAAAUUCUUCUUUAUCUAAGCAUUAAUCACUCACAUUGGGCCAUAUCACAAUGUUAGUUUUAUGACAUGAAUGUGAGAAUGUAAAGAUCAGGGAGUUAAGAUAUUUAAAGCGUAAUCCUGAAAAUAAUGAAAUAUUACAAUGGAAUGAUUGCUGGUAUGCCCCCCCAAUUAAAAAAAACGAUUCAAUGUAAUUAAUCCUUGAUGAGUUCAUGACAAGUACAAUAUUGUAAUGAGCUGCUUCAUGAGGAAUCUGCUGAGCAGUCUGACUCACAGUGGGGUGUGCAAUAGUUUAUGAUUUAAUAACAUAAAAUUAAAUUUCAUGUUCAAGGGGAAUCUUUAUUAACAGCAUGUAAUAAUAAAACUGCUGAGUCGCUCCCUUUAGUUGCAGAUUUUGUUCACUGAAUUUAAUAAAACUGAUCAACUUAAA